AUGAAGCUGCUUGCAAUGACUGUGCUGCUUCUCACCAUCUGUAGCCUUGAAGGAGCCUUGGUUCGGAGACAGGCGGAGGAGGGAAAUGCGCAGAGUACUUUCACUCAGUACUUUCAGAGCCUGAGCCAGUAUAGCCAAGACCUGCUGGAGAGAGCAAAGGCCAGUGAGAUUCCAACCCAGGCCAGGGAUUACUUUGAGAAGACAACGGACAAGCUGAAACCCCUGGUCCAGAAGGCUAGAGAAGAUAUACUUAGCCUCAUCAACAACUUCAUGAAACACAAAGCAGAGUCUGCUGCCAAGUGA